ACACGGCUCCACGCCUGCGCAGGAGAAAGGAGCGUGCGCCCGCAUUCCAUUCGCGUCACAAACGAUGCGCCUUUGAGGCCCCGGCUUGUUUGAACUUCCCGCCUUGGAGGGUCGCGAAUGGCGCUUUUCCCCUCCACGAAAGGGAUGAAGCCCUCGUCGUGAAGGGAGCGGGGCCUUUCCGGAAGCCUCCACCUCCCGCGCUUUUGAGGAGGCUUCCGUGAUCAUUUUCCCGUCGUCAUGUCGACGGGCUUCUCUUUCGGGGCCGCCACCUUGCCUUCGGCGACGGCCGCAGCUGCUGGGACUGGCGGCGGCGGCGGCGGCUUCUCCUUUGGGGCCACUCCCAGUUCAACUGGAGGACUUAAUUUUGGGACAUUGGGCUCAACAGCUACUCCAACAACAACAGCUUCGUCUGUAGGCUUUGGAACUGGACUCUUUAGUUCAAAACCUGCUACUGCUUUCACAUUAGGAGGGGCUAAUACAGGAACAGCGACAACCAUUGCUACAGGAUUAACAUUAGGCACACCUGCAUCUACGUCUGCCACUACCACGGGCCUUAGUUUAGGAUUCAGCAAACCUGCAGGAUCAGCUACACCAUUUGCUUUGCCAAUCACUUCUACCUCUUCUGGUCUCACACUUUCUUCUGCCCUAACAUCAGCUCCAGCAGCAGGGACUACUGGCUUUACGUUAAAUUUGGGAGGCACAGUUCCACCAGCCACAAGUGCAUCCACAGGCCUCUCUCUGGGAGGAGCCUUGGCUGGUUUAGGAGGGCCACUCUUCCCAAAUGCAAGCACAUCUACAACAGGGCUUGGACAGAAUACAUUUGGUUUGACUCUUGGAACAGCUGCAGCACCUGCUGCUACAGUUAAUGGAGGUCUUGGUGGCAUAGACUUUAGUAGUUCUUCAGAUAAAAAGAGUGACAAAACGGGAACAAGAGCAGAGGAUAGUAAAGCCCUAAAAGAUGAAAAUCUACCUCCAGUAAUUUGCCAAGAUGUUGAAAAUCUCCAGAAGUUUGUCAAGGAACAGAAGCAAGUUCAGGAGGAAAUCAGUCGAAUGUCUUCCAAAGCAAUGCUUAAAGUGCAGGAAGAUAUCAAAGCUUUGAAACAGCUUUUAUCAGUGGCUGCCAGUGGAUUACAAAGAAAUACUCUUAACAUUGAUAAACUGAAAAUAGAAACUGCUCAGGAGCUUAAAAAUGCUGAAAUAGCAUUAAGAACGCAGAAAACUCCUCCUGGCCUUCAACAUGAAAAUACAGCGCCUGCAGAUUACUUCAGAAUAUUGAUUGAACAGUUUGAAGUACAAUUGCAACAAUACAGACAACAAAUUGAAGAGCUGGAAAAUCAUCUUGCCACCCAAGCAAAUAAUUCACAUAUAACUCCACAAGAUUUAUCCAUGGCAAUGCAGAAAAUUUACCAAACAUUUGUAGCUCUUGCAGCACAGCUUCAAUCAAUCCAUGAAAAUGUGAAGAUGCUCAAAGAUCAGUAUAUUGGUUACAGAAAAACAUUUCUGGGGGAUGCAGUGGAUAUAUUUGAGGCAAGACGAGCAGAAGCAAAGAAGUGGCAGACGGCCCCCCGGGUGACAACGGGACCCACUCCUUUCAGCAACAUACCAAACGCAGCAGCUGUUGCCAUGGCUGCAACACUUACACAGCAGCAACAGCCUGCUACAGGGCCACAGCCGACUCUGGGAAUUAGUUUUGGAACGCCAUUCGGUUCAGGUAUUGGCACUGGCUUGCAAUCAAGUGGCUUAGGCUCUUCAAGCCUUGGAGGGUUUGGAGGUAGUUCUGGUUUUGGAAGCAGUGCCACAGGUGCACCAUCAUUUGGAUUUGGAGCUACAAAUAAGCCUUCAGGAAGCCUUAGUGCAGGCUUUGGCAGUUCAAGCACAUCUGGGUUUAACUUCAGCAAUCCUGGCAUCACUGCAUCUGCUGGCCUGACAUUUGGGGUGUCCAAUCCAGCAUCUGCAAGCUUUGGCACAGGAGGACAACUUCUUCAGCUGAAGAAACCUCCCGCUGGAAACAAGAGGGGGAAAAGAUAGAUGUGAAAAGGGGGAAUGGGGAGGGAGUGGGUGUCAAAGGAAAGGGACUAUUGCAUUCAGUUAGUUCAUCCUAAAAUAAUCUAUUUUUUUAAGCUGAUAUAGUAGAUGCUCUGUGUCCUUGGAGAUUUAUAACAUUUUGUUACUUUCCAUUCUGGAUUAUAAAAUGUAAUUGUAACAAACAGCUUUUGUGAAAAUAGAAGGCUCACUUCACUGUUUUAUUUCUUUGUCUUUUGGAUAUGUCUUUCAUUAUUAAGGACUGUUGUAAAACCAUCUAUUUAACAUAUUAGUCAGAAGAUAUUUUUGUUAAUAUGCUUUAAAUCUUAGAGAAAGAGAUGCGUAUUUGGUUUCUUUGUACAAAUAAAGUAUAUUCUAGUACAAAUGCUUGAAUCCAUAUCUUCUGUUUCUUGAUAUAGCCUUUUAAAAACAUCAGGGUGGUUUUGUGAAUAUGUAUGUAAAUAUAUAAAAUGCAAAUGCACACUCAUACAUUUAUGAGUACAUAUACUUUUCAAAAAUCAUCCCAUAAAGCAGAAUGACCUUGAUCAAAUUACUAGUCCUGAUUAGAGUAGACUCCUUGAAUUAAUAGGAUUUAUAUCAAUCUUGACAUAAUGGUUAGUAAUUGUUUCAGUAGGUCUACUCUAGUUAAGACUAGCCAAUAUUUCUAAGUCUAGAGUCUGUUUUCCACACAGUGUCAGCAUAUCAAAAGAUCUACUAAUGCAUGAAAGACACUGUGGGCAUGUUUUGUAAGUCAGUUGCCAUUUCUGUUCAUUUCCAUUCAGUGCUUUAAAUGAAACAAGUGUUCUCAAGCUAAAUUGGUUCUGAAUUAUUCCAAUACAUUUUUUAGUGUGCAGGACUUCUGGAUUGUGAGAGCUGACUCUAAAAUGGCCUCAGUCAUCAUCAACUGCUUUCAAAAGUGGCUCUGCUCAUGAGUGAGGAGUAGUUUGGAACAACACAGCUGAAACAGCUUAGUGAACACUUUGCAAAGAUUUCCAAAAUGGCUGCUUAUAGCAACUACUGUGGGCAACAUCCUCUCACAUUGUGCAAACAUACUAUCUCACUAUGGGCAUGUUUGUAGAAGGCAAGGAGCUGUAGAACACAUACAUCCACUUUUGUGAUUCAGAUUUUCACUUCCAGUAUGGAGGAGAUUGUUUGGGUUCUCCUGGCUCAGAUCUGAAUGAAUGGAUAUUACCAGUAUCCUGGGGGCCAUUCACCACCAUACCACUAUCAUUCCACUUUGACUGCCAUAGCUUCAUCUUAUGGAAUCCUGGGACGGGCAGUUUAAGGAGGGGCAUGUAGAAUUGUCAGCCAAACUACAAAUCCCAGAAUUACAUAGGAGGGAAUCAUGGCAGUUAAAAAGUAGAAUAAUAGUGCAUAAUUACAAAAUAGAACCCUGAUGCUUUCUUGGUUUCAGCAGAUAUCAGACACAAUAAUUAGAUAUACUAGAAUCUGUGCAUCAUGCAUGUGAGAAUAAAUGAUUUCCUAUAAAUAUGAUAGCACUUGUCUGACUUAAAGUUCAGAUUGCAUGUUGCAUUGCAUUUACAGCUUCGUGACUGUUCAAAACAGACACAGGAUAAAAAUUUAUUGCCUUAAAUGCAGGGGCUAAACUCGUAGUCCUUGAACUGUGCUACCAACACAAAACCCAUUCUUGUCAUCAGGGCUUCUGCGAGGUCAUCUCCAAGGGUGAGGCAGUUGAAUUUUCGUGAGGUCUUGCCUUUAUACACAGAGAAUAUUUUGUAUAUAAUUCAAGUGAAGCUUCAUAUUUUUUUCUCUAGGAACCUUCUAAAUAAAAACAGUGCACCUGCACAUUGUUUCUGGUUUUGAAGUUGGCUGCUUUUGGUUGUUAAAUACUAUUUUUGUAAAAUGUCUGUUUUAUGUUAUCAUUUGAUAGUAAGUCACCUGGGAAAGAUGUGAGUCUCAAAUGUGGUCAAUACAGAAGCAAGGGAAAUAACUUACUUAGCACAGGGCUUUACUCAUGUUAACAGUCUCUGAAGUGAGAGCACUUUUUAAAAGAAGAAAGCUUUAAAAGUUGGCAGAAUUAAGGACUAUCUCAAAUGACUUUUAAACCACAAUUUGAUUUUAAAUUUGUUCUGGGCUUCAGAAAAUGGUAAGCAAACCUUGUAAAUGUAUGUUACUGCAUUUUACUGGAUUAAAAUGUUGAAUCACUUUCCUUUUUGUAUAUAAUUUUGUGAGCCUUUUUAAAUACAAUAAACUGUGUUACUGUCUUUGUCCACAUGUGCAACUUUUUGGUCCUCAAAUAAUAAAAUUGUUUGAAGUGA